AUGGCCGAUAACCAAGGAGCACCUGGGCGUGGCCUGUUCACACCUGAGCUGGCCGAACAGGUUCUCCAACUAGUCGGCGUUCACGUGGGUUUGGACUCUCGACCUGCAUCCGAGGAUGUACGUGAGAGGGCCAUUCAGCUCUUUCGACGAGGCAUCGAGGAGCUUGAAGCCGGCCGCCAGCCCGGUGUCGAGCCUGAUGUCGAGCCCGCCGAUGACUUUGCUGCUGACCCUGUUGUUGACCCUGUUGUUGACCCUGUUGUUGACCCUGUUGUUGACCCUGUUGUUGACCCUGCUGCCGCGUUGCCGGUAGCCCAACCGGUAGCCCAGCCCGCACCACAGCCCGCACCACAGCCCGCGGCCCAACCAGCGGCCCAACCCCCCGCCCGCGCCCUCAAGAAAUAUGAGGCGAUAUGGGGAGACAAGAUCCUGCCCACAUUAGGGCGAGAUGAGAUGGGGCGGCUGUUCAACGCCGCGGACACGCGUUUCUUUAGGAAGCGCAAGAACAACCACCUCGGUGCCCGUCAAAACGGCACAACGUACCUGGAGGCCGCCAGUGAGUUGUUUUGGCGGUGGAAGAAGGAGGGCCACCGGCCAACUGUCAACGAGAGGGUGUACCUCCGUGACGUCUGUGGUGUUCGACUCACCAACGCAUUUGACAACGCGGAUGGCGCUGCGCUUGCGAAGCCAGCGUCGGGGGAAUUCUAUUACGAGGUGUUCGCCUCUUGGUACACGGUGGUGGCGGCGGCGCCGGCGGGGGGAGCUUAG